AUGACACGAAUGAAUGUUGAGAGUACAUACCAUGGAGUUUCGAAAAUAAAGUGACGUAUCGGGUGUUCGUGCCAACAUCCGUCGUAUCGGAUAUGAUGCAUGGAGCGAAGUCGUGUCGCAUUCAAUCGUCUUUCGCAUGUUCGCAUUUUCUCCCUUGCCUCGUAUCCCGAGUUUCAGACGCGUGUGAGUACCAGGAGUGUUUCGAAAGUGCCGAAAACGAAGGAUCAUGCCAAGUGUGAAUUGAGACGAAUCGUCGUGAGGACGAUCUUGGACGGACUCGAACGUUUGAGAACUGCGGCCGAGACUACGAGUCAGAGCUGGACGGAGCAACCAACGGCGAAUGAAAAAAAUGGAAAAGAACAUAGGUUUUGGUGCCCAAUCUUCCGCUCCCCUGCCAACGGCUCCGCCGUCUUACGAGGAAGCCAUAGCUAAUACAGGAGGAGCACCCACGCAUCCUCCAGUUGUUCCCGCACCAUAUCCUGUGGGACACGCAUCAGUACAAAUGCCUAUGCCAUACAUUCAGCCACUAAAUCAAACGACGAUGCCUACGCCAUCACUUCACCCGGGUUCGAGCCAAUCCACAUUGCAACCGCGUUUCAAUGCCGAGUUGAAUCCCGUAACACAGCCGGAACACGUACGGGUCGUUCAACAUCAUAUAGUUUAUGCCCUCGGGCCGAACGCAGUGAAAAUGUCCUGUCCGACAUGUGGCGCCGAUAUCAAAACUACCACAAUGUCGGAUCAUCAGCCGAGCGCUCACAUUUGUUGCAUCGUACUUUGCUUACUUGGAUGCUGCCUCUGCUCAUGCCUGCCAUAUUGUAUGAACGCUUUUAUGAGCGUUCAUCAUUACUGUCCAAACUGCAAAAGUUACAUUGGCACGUGGAAAGGUUGAUUUUAAAAUUGCAUGCGUGCAUACAUAUAAGUUCCAACCUCCCGCGUAUCGAGAUCUCCACAAUUCUAUAAAGAGCUGCUCCAUAUCCCUUUGCUUAUCGCACAUUAAGGCCAGGAAGGAAGGAUUGUUGAGAAUGUGAGUUACAUAUUGACAUACAUUUGACAGAUACACGCUUGCUUCAGACUUGAAAAGAUUAUUGUAUUAUAAUAAUGAUGAUUUAUUCAAGUCAAGUCCUGUUUGAUCUAAUGCGUCAUAUGCACUAUAGAUAUAGACGAGUAUAUAACAUCUAGAUCGUAUGACAAAUAAAAGUGACAAUGAUAUCAUGAAUAUCACAGACUUAUAUAAUAAUAUACUAGAUUGUAUACAUAUAUUUUACAAUGUGCAAUUGUAAAGCAAGAAGUGAUACAAAGUGCGAUUUAUAAAGAAAGAAUUGCAAAUACAUUUCGCAAAGACAGGUCUUCUUUACAUGUGAAGAAAAUCUAUAUUUUUUUCUUUUUAGAGACGAGAUAUAAAUUUCUUGUGCGUGGAGAAUUUAACAAAAAAGAAAUGUUAAUUAACGUUUUGCUUAUUUAUGUGACUUUACUUUUUUGUCUUUUUAAAGCCCGUAUUUAUGCUCGAUUCUUAUUUUAAAAUCGCCUUGGGUAACAUCUUAAGAUGCUAAUAUGGUUCUCUGAUUAGUUGAUGAUAUCUUAAGAUGAUACUUAAGACGAUUUUUAAUAUAAGAAUCGACUAUGAAUACAGGCCUAAACAUGAUGAAAUUCUCAUUAUCUUUCCAUUUAAUCCUAUUUUCAUAAAUGUUAUAUAUAUAUAUAUAUAUAUAUAUAUAUAUGAUUAAUAUUUUUCAAUAUUUAAAUAAAAAAUUUGCGUAAUUUUAUAAUGAAACUCGUUUAAAUAAGGAGUUAAACUUUAUUUUAAACAUUACCAUUAUCGGUCUAGUAUAUUAUGUAGAAGUCUCAAUGUGCAGCUCUUAAAUUUUCAAUAUAAAAUAAGAAUUUUAUAUAUAUAUAUAUAUAUAUAUAUAUAUAUAUAUAUAUAUAUAUAUAUAUGUGCGAUUUUAUUGUUGGAAAGUUGGAUACAAUAAACAACACUUUAGGACACUUUCAUUAUUUUACGUUAAGCAUAUAUUUGAACCGAUUUUUCUCAUGUUUCGAGAAUAUCGUUUAAGUACUAUGACAUAGUAGUAAAGUUAUGCAUACAUACAUAUAUAUGUAUAUAUAUGUGUGUGUAAUGAAUUCAAUUAUUAUGAUAAUCUUAUGAUUAUAAACAAAACGAAGAACAGAAAAUAACGUUAACCAUGGAAAUCGUCUUGUUUUGUGUCCAAAGUAAUACUCUCGUGUAUUUUUAUUUUUGUAUUACCAAAUACUUUACGAAGAAUAGUAUUUACAAAAAAUAUAAUCUAAUUUUUUCUCUACGAAACUUGAUAUGCGGGAGCACAAGCGUGUAUAUUUAAGCGUGCCUCUGCGAAUUUAGCCGAAUAUAUAUAAGAUAAAAAAAUAGCAUAAAAAAAAAGAGUAUAUAUUUUUGCGUAUAAUGAAAAAAGAUUUGCAAACCUCUAGGAUAAAGGCAUGUAAGUUAUGUUUUAUUUUUUAUUAAAAAAUUAUAUCACUCAAA